UGGCAGUAAGUGCGAGGGAUUUGGCUGUAGAGAGCCGUGGGUUGGCACAGGUUUCUGCAGGUAAACCAUGACCAGCUCAGUGCGGCUGAAUCUUUUCCUGGUCCUCUGGAUUUCGUCCAUGCGGAUGCUAUGCUGUUAUCCCACUCCUUCAGCCAUGCUGUCUGAAAAAUCUGAUUACUUUCUCAUCCUGCUGAAUAGCUGCUUAGCGGCGAUGGACAGGAGUGAAGAGCUGGCUUUUCUGAAGCCAUUUCUCGUGAAGAAUGCCAUGAAGAGGUCCUUUCGCAAUGGCGUUGGAUCAGGAAUGAAAAAAACUUCCUUUCGAAGGGCAAAAUCGUGAAUCAAUGCAAAAAAGACUCCCCAACUUAACAAAUUUCAAGAGGGCGCCAUGAAUGCACGAAAAGGAAGCUCUUUUAUUUCAGUAAUUAAGAAUCGCUACAACGCUUCUCUCCCAGCGUUCCCCACCCCCGCCCCGCAACCAUGCUAGCUGCAUAACCACUUGUCAUAGUCGUGUCCCCGAAUUGCAUGGACGUGCGAGGAUGGCAGAAAGUAGAGUCGCUGUUGCAUUAAUUCCAGGAGUAUCAAAUGGCGAAUUAAUCCGAUUGCAUCCCAUUGAUCUAAAAUUGGACCCCAUGCUUAGUGGGCAAAUGGUAAUGCAAAUUGACGUAAUUCCCUGCCUGUAUCCCCAAGAGUCACUGGUUGCUGCAGACCAUGUGUAAAGGCCUAAUUGUUUUUUAAUACAGUUUUUCUGAAUGAUGUAGCUGAGACUGAAUCCCUAGAUAUGUGUCAUCUCAUUUUUAAGAGCAUCUUGGGAAAUCAAAGGAAGUCGAACUUGGAGCAUAGUUACCUUUUCUUCAGUUAAUCAAUUAACGCCAGGAACAGACAUCACCAGGGAUGCCCCAAUUUGAUUCUCAAUUUCCCCCUGCAAUACUGAUUAUAUCAGAACAACAGAUGAUCAUUUGGCCAGGUGGAAAUCCAAUUGUUACCUUUUCACAAAAUGGGGGAGGGGGAGUUUUGCCCAUAGCAACAACCAAUAGCCGGCAAAUGGUGAUUGAUUUGUCAUUGUUGGUGUGGCUGUUUUGUGGACUCUGUCUCCAGAAUCAUGGGAAAUUGGGCCUCAUUUAAGAAACAACCGGGCUUUUUGGCAACCUCCUUGUACCAUUUGUUAAAAGCUGUUGGUUAAAUGUACAAUGAGUUAAAGAUUAGGAUGCAAGUAAAUAAAUGUUUGGCUAAUUCUGAGGAA